UCUCAACUUUUUUCAUUCACUCUUUCUUCUCAAACACACACUCAAAAAAAAAAAAAAAACUCCACUCCCUUUUUGCAUUAUUUUCUGCUAAAAAAUAACACUGUAUUUCAUUUUCUUAAUUUUCAACAUGAAUUAGGGUUUCAGUUUCACCAAUCACCCCCAUUGUUGCUAUUCCCACCUCCACACAUACUCUUUCACCAUCUUUCAUCAAAUGGGUAAGCAAUUUUUGUUACUGUCUCUCAUUCUUCAGCUUCUCUUUGGAACCCUCUCAGUCUCAGCUGCACCUUCCAACACUUCUCCUGCAAAAAUUGUUACUGGGUUGCUCUCCAAUGCUGUUCCUGCUUUUACCAAAUGGGUUUGGUCUCUUAAAGCCACCACCAAAACAGGGGUUUUGAGCAAGUCAAUGAUGAAGUUUGAGAGUGGUUACAAUGUGGAGACUGUGUUUGAUGGAAGCAAGCUUGGAAUUGAGCCUUAUGCUGUUGAGUUGUUGCAAAAUGGGGAGCUUCUCAUUCUUGAUUCUGAUAAUAGUAACCUUUAUAGAAUCUCUUCAUCACUCUCUUUGUAUAGCAGACCGAAGCUGGUGGCUGGAUCAGCUGAAGGUUACUCUGGACAUGUUGAUGGGAAGCUCAGGGAGGCUAGGUUGAACCACCCAAAGGGGAUAACCGUUGAUGACCGAGGAAAUAUAUAUGUUGCAGAUACUGCAAAUAUGGCAAUUAGGAAAAUUAGUGAUUCAGGUGUCACAACAAUUGCUGGAGGGAAGUGGAGUCGUGGAGGGGGCCAUGUUGAUGGACCAAGCCAAGAAGCUAAAUUUUCUGAAGACUUUGAUGUGGUUUAUGUUGGAAGUAGUUGUUCCCUACUCGUUAUAGACAGAGGAAACCAAGCCAUCAGGGAGAUCCAACUUCACUUUGCCGAUUGUGCAUAUCAAUAUGGCAGUGGAUUCCCUCUUGGAAUUGCCAUGCUUGUUGGGGCUGGCUUCUUUGGUUAUAUGCUGGCAUUGCUGCAGCGUAGGCUUGGUACAAUUGUAGAAUCUCAAGAUGUUCCAGCAACAGCAAUGCCUUCUGUUUCUCCAAGUCCAUAUCAAAAGCCCUUGAAAUCUGUGAGGCCUCCUUUAAUUCCAUCAGAAUACGAACCCGAUAAGCAGGAAGAAGGUUUCUUUGGAUCUCUCGGUAAGCUUCUUGCCAACACCGGCACAUCAAUGGUGGAGAUAAUGGGAGGGUUAUUUCCUUCUUUCAGAAGAAAACCGCAAAGCUACCAAUUUCAAAGGCAAACACUGAUCCAACAACAACAACCUCAGAAGCAAGUGAAUGAUUGGCCAGCACAGGAAAGUUUCGUGAUUCCUCGUGAAGACGAACCCCCGUCUAUCGACACAAGGGCCCCAACGCCUCGAAAAACCUAUCCUUUCAUGUCGAAAGAUGCGGAAAAAAUGCAACAGCUGCGACAAAGUAAAGCGUUCUAUAGCGGCUGGGAUGGAGACCAGCAGCAACAACAACAACAACAACAAAAACAUCAUCAUCGCCAUCAGUACCAAUCAUCAGUCCCACACACUUUCUAUGAGCAGAGCAAUGAGACGACCAAUGAGGUAGUUUUUGGGGCGGUGCAGGAACAUGACAGGAAAAAGGAACCUGUGGUUAUCAAGCCUGUUGAAUAUGGGGGCUCUCUGUACGAACAUCACGAUUUUCGGCCUCGAAUGAGUUCCAUGGGUUAUACUUAUACCCAUAAGUAUUGAGUAUAUAUAGUUAGGAAGUUUAGAACAAAAUGAAAACUCAAUCCAGCUUUGAUUUGGAGUGAGGAGGUUGAAAUCAAGUGUAGUUAGUACAAUGAUUUUCUCCUGUUGAUCAUAAAUAUGAAUUGUUUCAGUUUUGCUGCCAAAUGUAGAUUGUUCUGGUGUGUAGCUUAUACAACAAUGGCAAUUAGGAGGGUAAGAUGGGAUCAAGAAAUUUUUGCA